GCCAGGUGCGCGUCACCAUUUAGUCUCCCUUUCUACAGCACAGAUCCCUCUUGGUGACCACUGUGCCGCUUGCAGUCUAUGCUCUUUACCCUCCCCAUACACUGAUCUCUCCAAGCAGCUGCCAUCAUCCUGAGAUGAAAUUCUCUUUGUUUGUGGUACUGAAUGACAUUUUUGUUCUGUGCCAGGCCAGCAUCCCAUAUGUGGAUGUCAGGACGGAGAGAUCCAGCCCUGAGCUCCACUUACAUACGGUGUGAAUUCAGCUGAGGCUUGAGCUGUCAGGAAAGUCCCAGGAGUGUAAAUCUGAUCCGGAGCCCAGGAGCUCCUGCAACUCUGUGAAUGCUGAUCCAUACUCCAGCUGCCCCAGGGUUUCCUUGCAGGAUGGCAGCUACCUGGCUCGCCAUCUUUCUAAUGCUGACCCUUUCCUCUAUCUACUGCAUUGUUUCCCAUCCCAGCCCGGAGAUGUGGUUUCAGGGUCUCUUUCCAUCUAGCGUGUGCCUUGCAAAUGCCCAUACCAACACCUUUUAUGGCAUCAUGUUUGAUGCAGGAAGUACCGGGACCCGAAUUCACAUUUACACCUUUGUGCAGAAAAACCCAGAGCAGCCUCCAGAGCUGGAUGGGGAGAUCUUUGAGUCAGUGAAGCCAGGUCUUUCUGCUUAUGUUGAUCAGCCUGAAAAGGGUGCAGAAACUGUGAAAGGAUUGUUGAAAAUGGCCAAAGAAGCUGUGCCACGUAGUCAUUGGAAGGAGACCCCAGUGGUGCUGAAAGCUACAGCUGGACUGAGGCUGCUGCCAGAGCCCAAAGCCCAGGCUCUGCUCUCAGAGGUGAGAGAGGUCUUUGAGGAGUCACCCUUUCUGGUUCCAAAUAACAGUGUUAGCAUCAUGGAUGGAUCUUCUGAAGGAGUUUUAGCCUGGAUCACUGUGAACUUUCUGACAGGGCAGCUGUAUGGCCAGAACCAGCAGACAGUUGGGACACUGGACCUGGGAGGAGCCUCAACCCAAAUCACGUUCCUGCCACGGUCUGAGGAAACCUUGGAGCAAACCCCUGUGGAUUUUGUCACCUCAUUUGAAAUGUUCAAUAGCACUUACAAGCUCUACACGCACAGCUAUUUGGGCUUUGGACUGAAAGCUGCCAGACUAGCAACACUUGGAGCCCUGGAAAUGAAAGUGGAUGGACAAAUGUUCCGAAGUUCUUGUUUACCGAAGCGACUGGAGGCAGAGUGGCACUUCGGGGGAGUGAGAUAUCAAUAUGGUGGCAACAGAGAAGGGGAAACAGGAUUUGAGCCUUGCUAUUCAGAAGUGGUGAAGGUCGUACAAGGGAAAUUGCACCAGCCAGAUGAGAUUCGCAGACGCUCCUUCUAUGCCUUCUCCUAUUAUUAUGAUCGAGCUGUUGAUACCGACCUGAUAGAUUAUGAAAAGGGAGGAGUUCUAGAAGUGAGAGAUUUUGAACGGAAAGCUAAAGAAGUGUGUGAUAACAUGGACAGGUACACCUCCGCCAGCCCUUUCCUCUGUAUGGAUCUCAGUUACAUCACUGCCUUACUAAAAGAAGGCUUUGGAUUUGGGGAUAACACACUCUUACAGUUAACAAAGAAAGUGAACAACAUAGAGACAAGCUGGGCCUUGGGUGCCACCUUUCACCUGCUGCAGUCUCUGGGCCUCUCCCACUGAGCCAGCACCCCCUGCAGAACAUUGGCCUUUCCAGAAGGAAGAGUGGGCAAGUUCAAAUUUCCAACUGCAUAGCUCAGCAGGAGUCAGUCCUUCAGUAAAACAUGGAUCGAAGCCAUGGAAUCAAUUCCUCAAGGACUAGGCAGUUCCGAGCUGCAAUGAGAGCAGCCCCAGUAUGGUUUCUAAAUAACUUAAUUGCAGUCUUUGAUACAAAAUCUGCCUCCUGAAAGCCAAAGAAGCUGAUUAUACUUAUAAGCAGCCCAGACACUGGUUCAGUGAAUGGAUUCAUAGAUGCCCCAUGUUACCAGCAGUUCAGAGUGCUUGUCAUGCACCGGCAAACCGCAGACCUUUUGUGGCUGAUGAUUUAAUUUUUACAUGUAGAACUGAAGUUUGGCCCUGAAAAUUUUAAAAAAUAUAAAUAUUGAAACAUGACAACACAUGCAUUCAAUGCAGAGUGAAAUCCCCACCGUGUUGUAAACCUCAAUUUUCAAUGUGUUAGCCCUUAACCUGCUUAAUACUGAGGGCUUUUACCCUUUCAGGAUUGGCCAGUUCCAAAGCAAGUGUUUCUUGGGCAGGGAUCAGGGAAGGGUUUUAGCAGAAGGCAAGAAGGUUAGGUUGGCUGUCUUGGUUUGGAAGCCUGGGCCUCUCCCUGCCUGUUCUCCCCCUCUGACCAGUCUCAUGCUAAGCAGUAUUGAGUAAGGUAGAACCAGCAUGGAACCAAAAAUGAAUUCUCGGGGCAGAGGAUGCUGGUUAAGGAGCUAUGGUGAGACAAGAACAGAUAGUUUUUCACUUACUUGAGGUGAAAGGGAGAGGAAGUAACUUGGUUCCUGGUCAAAUUAGAAUCAGACAGAUCCUUCAUUUCCCCCCUUAGGGUUUGUGUUUUAACCCUCUGAACUCUAAGUCAAUGAGAGCAGGAACUGUAAUAAUGUUGCAGGGUUGGGCCCAUAACACACAAAUCUAAGCUACUGGAGGGAGGGGAGUGUGUGGUUGGCCCCUACAACCUCUAUUUUAUACAGCCAUACUCUUAGUAUAAGACUCCUGGCAAGUCACUGCAUGGGGGUAGAGAAUGUGUCUUUUUAAUAUCUUAUACAGUUGGUCUGUAGAAACAGGGCACUCAAGGAAGGGGUUGUAGCUUCUCAGUAUUUCUUUUCCUCCCCCAACCCAGGCACUCUGGCAUGACAGUACUUGGUUGUCCAAUGGUAUGUUUCAGAGUGGCCAUUUUAAUCUCUCAUAGCCUGAAUGGUUAUGUGGAAGCAAAAGCGAGGUUUACAUUUGGAAGGAAAAAGUGCUCUCACGCAAUGGCCCACAGUACCAGCUUGCUUCUUCAGCACAACCUGUUGGGGGCAGUCUUUUCCCUCUCAUGCUAAACUGCCUGCCUCUUCUCUUCCAGCUGAGGUGAGGCAAAGCUCCCAUAAUGACCUGAGAAAUUCCCCUGCAACUUCCCAGUAAAACAGGCCAGUCCCUCUAGUGUAAAAUACCUCAAAACUGGCCUGUGUUAUACAGGGAAUGUGAGAAGCCUUCACCACCCCAUCCUCAUGCAGAAAUGACUGUUCUGUAUUAUUUGCCACAGGUCAUGGCAAUGCUGCCUAUGCACACAUUACUAGGGAAGUGCAGUCAUCUGCUACUUAUAAACCUUGCUUUUAGCAAACUUUUUUUCUGUCUUGGAAUUUUCACUGACUACAAGAUUGGAUGAAGUGACCAAUAGCAUGGCUAGAUGACAUCUGAGAACUAGCUAUUUUAGCUACCCAUUAAUCUGAGCCCUUGCUGUGACAUGUAGCCUGCUGCUAGUUCUAGAUCUGACCUUGGCAGCAGGAAUGAAGCCAGCUGCAUCUAGAGCUGGAAGGCAAAGGGAGGGAGUGAGACAAGGGCAACAGAAGACCUACCACCAUCUCCAGCUGUUCACACCCUUGGGAGAACUUGGAGAAAGGCCUGAUCGUGUUUGGGGGAGGGAGGUAAACAAGAGAAUAGCACAAGUACAGUUCAGAAUAAGUUUUCUUUGUGUUCUUAGUAUCAAGUUCAGGCACUCCAGACUGUUGGGAGCAUCUGCUUUCUCUGUACCAAAGUUGCAUUAAGUCUGCCAGGCUCAGGCCUUGAUCUUUUAGUUGUACAGUUUGUAAACUGAAGCAUUGCUGCUGUUGAUCAAGGGCCUAAUUGUGCAGUCCCUGUACAAAAUUCUCAACUUGCACAAAAACUGCAGGAUAGAAUUCUAAAUUUUCAUCUGAAUUAUCCCAGAGAUGAGUUGGGGACUUCACCUGCUUCUUCAAAUCCCCAUACCUACCCUAGUGCAAUGAGAUUAUUUAUUAAUAAGCACAAAGUAGCCUUGUAAGAGAAGGGUCCUGAUCUGCAUCAUUGUUGGAGAGGAGAAAGUGCCUGGAUAGAGGACAUUGAUUCUAACAGAAGUGACUGUAGAGCUAAGGGCUAUGUCUGUAGUGUGAGCUAGGGGUGAUUUCCCCUGCUCAUGUAUACAUACUCAUGUUGGUUCCCAUUGAGCUACCAAGUGUAUAAAUAGCAGAGACGGGCAGAGUACAAACCUGCCUAAAACCAGUGGGUAUGUUCUUGGCAUGGCUCAGCUGGGCCUCCGUUGUCACUACCUAUGCUAUCACCGCUACAUUGCUAUUUAUACUCCUGCUAGCUCAACGACAGCUAGUAUGAGUAUGCAUAUGUGAGCAGGGGAGUCACAUCCCUUGCUUGCAGUGCAGGCACAGCCUGAGAGAGUUUGCUUUCAGUCAAACUCACAUUUAAGUCCCCUUUGUAAUGUUAAUUCCUGAUAUUAGUUAAAUGUACAUGAUAGCACUGCUAUAAAAUAUAAAUCCAGUGCUCACAUUGUAUUACAGCAUUAAGUAAUUAAUUGUCUAAUGCAGGAGCCUGGUGUUUGGAACAUUAAGACAAGGCCACUCAAAUGCCUAUUUUAGUAAUUAAAAAGCUAUUUUUAACAAAAUGUUCUUGGAUUCAAA